GGAAGGGAGGAGAGAGGCAGACUGCGGUGUUGUUAGUUUGAACAAAAUGGCUGAAAGGCCGCUGUCACCGAGAGCUCACUGAACGCCCACCGCGAGUGUCCGCUCCGCCGCCCCGGGUUCUCACGCAGAAUGCAUUUCCCCGGAGCCGCCGCUCGUUCAGCGUUCGCGGCAGCCAGCACGUCGCUCGCCGUCCAGCCGGUUCCGUAAAAACGGAGACGUUUCUUUUUUUGCACUUUAAAACAAGUUGGCUGCUGGCGCGGACGUCGGCUUGCUGAGAGAGCACUCUUCUUUGGCGAUAUAUUCUUUUUUUUAUUCUUACAAAAACUGCCUGAAUUGUUUUGUUUGUUUAUUUGUUUGUUUGUUUUUUUUGCAAAAUCUCCCAACAGUCGACGACUGGGAUUUUAGCGGCAACCAGCUACUACCUUACAACAUUAAGCUGCUUUCUCUCUCUUUUUUUUUUUUUUUUUUUAAGUAAAUUCAUUCGGUUAUUAAAAUUGUCUUCUUAGUGGUGCUUCGCCCGUUCCCCGCCCCUCGUUAUAUCGCGACGUUUUUUACCAGCCAUUUUUUUUACGCUCAGUAUAAUCUCCAGACGUGUUUAGGGUCGGUGUGUUUUUGCAGAACUCGCCGUCCUCGCUGUGUGUACAUCUGGCCGCCCAGCCGCUGUUUACCUCGGGAUCCUGACGCCACAAGCUGCUCCAAGCUGCAGCCCGACUUUAAUCGCGAUUAAAUCUCUGCACCAACGCAAUACGGGUAACUUUUCCAGAAAAAUAACAGAGAGAGUGAGAAAAUCAGACAUCGGAGAAGCCUCUUUUUUGUUUUUGUUUUUGCCUGUUUUUUUCUGCCAUGCAUCGAUUCUUCACUGAAAGCGGCCAGAGCUGUUCUGAACGCAAGCUGAGGGACGUAAGCAACACGAGAAAGAGAACCGUUUGAUGGAAGAAAAGAAAAAGAGGAAACAAGAGGAAAAGACUAAGAAGGACAUCGCUCAGAGAAAGGCUGCUGAUCAGAAACCCAAAGUGCCCGAGCCUGUCCCCACUAAGCCCAGUCCUGGUUCAUCUCACCACCUCCGACCCUCCAGCCCCGCGCUGCCCCUCUCCUCCUCCUCCUCCUGUCCUUCUGGCAAUGGCCGGGGCCCCCCAUACGGUAGCCAGGUCCUGACUCAGACUCCCCCUCAGCAGCAGUGCCAGUUGUCCUCUGCCUGUGCCCGCUACCCGCCCAGAGAGGUGCCCCCGCGCUUCCGUCAGCAGGAGCACAAGCAGCUACUGAAGAGAGGCCAGCCGCUGCCCGCGGGAGCACUCGGCUCUCUCGCCCUCCCUCCCUCCUCUUGGCCCUCAGCGUCUUUGUCCUGUUCCUCUACGACUUCCAGCAGCACUACCCCAAACUCUGCCACGUCCGCCACAAGCAAACACAACGCAGACACAACCCUACCGACCGGCUUUGGUGCCCAGUAUGAUAGGUCUCAUUGGGGAGCAUCCGUACCAGUUCCCGGACCUGCCAGUGCCAACAGCUGGAACAAAGUGAUCGUAGACGGAAGUGAUACAGAAGCUUGGCCCUCCGCUGAACGUAAUCUAGACUCCGGGCGGCCAGCAGAUCCAGAAUGCUCCGUGGGCUCUGACUUGGACACUAGUGCUGUCACUUCUACAAGUAGGAGUGGUCCUCUGAGUAUGGCCGCAGGUGCCACUGGCCAGCAGGCCCACUACAACGCCCUCAAACCGAACAAUAACAUGAUGACGGGACCUGUUUCAGCCAGCACGCUAGCGGCUAGCAGAGGCUGGGGUUCAGAUGUGAAACAAGAUGGCAUGAAUGGUGGACGAGUAGCAGCCCCCAGUAACUGGGGAUCGCCCAGUUUUAACUUGAACCUCAACCCCAAUGCCAACCCAUCAGCCUGGCCCGUCCUGGGACACGAAGGAGGCGCGGGGGGUGUCAAUGGCCCCAGCUCUUCGUCCCUCCCGCCGGGCAUGAACGGAAAUGGAAAUGUGGGAAACGGGAAUGCGGACAGUGGUGGGGGGAGUUGGGUCAGCAUGAUCAGUGCUAAUGACAAUGAUCAGCAGCACCUUUCAACCAACAAAAACUUAUCUUUCAGUAUGGAGCCCGCCAACCUAAACACUGAUGGACCAAAAUACACUAAACCACAACAAGCUCAGGAGCCUAUGAGCCCCAUCCACGGUCUAACUGGCUGGGGUGGUCAUUCACCUACUGAAUCUUCUCAGCUCAGUGGGGACACAACAGGCAGCUCUGUGUGGGGUGGGGGAGAAAACAAGGCAACCGAGUCCCCCAAAGACUCUGGCUGGGACUCAUCUCCUUCUGGAGGCCUCGCUGCCUGGGGCCGCCAAGGCAGUGGCGGUGGGAGCAGUGGCAGUGGUGGCUGGGGAGACUGGGGAAAAUCCUCCGGGGGUGCAGAUAUGGCCAAAGGCUGGGACUCUGCAGAUGCUGCUAGCUCUGCUCCAGGCCAAGAGCAGCAAAUGAGCUCGUGGGGAAAACAAUCAGGAACCGCUCCAGCUAGCGAGGAUAGCGGAGACAGCAGCGAAGGGCGAUCCCGACGCAGAGACAGAUCCUCCAGCAUGGAGUUUUCCCCUCUGCUUCCCCGGCAGGACCUAGACCCCCGAGUGCUGAGUAACUCGGGCUGGGGACAGACCCCCAUCCGACAGCACACUGUAUGGGAGAUGGAAGAAGCCAGUUCUGAUGAUGGGAAGAGCAACAGCAGCUCAGACGUUAUGGCAUGCUCCAGCUCUAAUGGUGGGGCGUCAUCAACCAAUGGUGGUGCUAUUAACCCAAAUACUGGGCCCGGCCAGAGGCCCGGAUCUGGAGGAAAAACGGACAAUGAAGGAUCGUCCUCCUCUGGUUGGGACGCUCAUCGACCGCAGCAGAUUCAGACUGGAUCAGGAUGGGGGGAACCCCCGCUUCCAGUAGCCAAAGCCCCAAACGGCACCGCCAGUGGCUGGGGAGACCCUUUACCUAGCAGUGGUUCUAAGAACGAGAACACCUCUUCCUGGGGUUCUGAUAAGACGUCUAGCUGGGACGAUGGCGGGAUGAAAAACAAGUCUAGCAGCUGGGGAGAAAGCCCCAAAAACUCCCAUGGUUGGGGCAACAGUAACGGAGGAUCCAAUGGCUCUACCACAGGGGACUGGGGAGCGCCAGACAUGAAGAAAAAUAGUUCCUCUAGCAGCAUGUGGGACGGAGAUGAAGGGCAUGGAGAAACCAGUGGAUGGAGUGAAAGCCCAAGAGGAGAAAGCAGAGGAGGUGGGAGCUGGGGGAAAGCCACUCCUGCUGGGAGCAACAGCAACUGGGGAGAAACCCCACGUGCCAGUGGCCCAGUGCAGGGAGGGUGGGGCCCUUCCAAGCCCCAGGAAAGCAGCAGCAGUGGCAGCAGCACUGGCAGUGGAGGAUGCGUCAGCAUUGGUUCAUGGGGAGGUCCUGGCUCUGUGAAGCAGACCAACUCUGGCUGGGGCAAUGUUAGCAAACAGGAGCCGGGCAUGGAGCCCACUGGUUGGGAGGAGCCCUCCCCUCCCUCCAUCCGCCGAAAGAUGGAGAUCGAUGAUGGAACAUCUACUUGGGGCGAUCCCAACGCCUACAGCAAGACCGUCAACAUGUGGGAUCGCAACAAUCCAAAUAAUAACCCAGGCAACAGUGGCCCACCGCCCAGCAAGAACGGUGCAAUAGCUAUGAUCAGUAACAACAACAAUCACUCUCACCACAUGCACCACCAUUCCCACCAUAACCAGCCCCCUAGUCACAUGCUCCACCAAGGAAACAACAAUGGGUCACCAAACAGUGCUGCCUCACAUCCAGCUGGGGGACCCCAGGGUAGACCCCCGCUUGCCAAUCCAGGAUGGGGCGAGCUUCCCAGUGUCCAGCCCAAGUCGGAGCCUGCGUGGGGGGAGCCAGCAGCUCCAACUUCAGCUGUUGACAAUGGUACAUCUGCUUGGGGGAAACCUCCAGGUGGCGUUGGAGGAUGGGGAGACGGCGGCCACGAGCCAUCUGGCCAUUAUGUCAGGUCAAACGGACCCACAGGUUCUGCACCUUGCAAGUCAGGCCCCAAACCUAUGCAAGAUGGCUGGGGAAAUGGAGAAGACAUGAGCAUGUCUACCAGCCAAUGGGACACUGAGGAUGGGGAUGUGUGGAACAGUCCGACAUCACAGGACAGCAGCUCCUCCUGUAACUCCUGGGGCAACGGACCCAAAAGAUGUCCGAGCAAGGGGAAGAUCGGCAGCAGGCAAGAUGAGGCGUGGAUCAUGAACCGUCUCAUUAAGCAGCUCACUGACAUGGGCUUUCCGAGAGACCCUGCUGAGGAGGCCUUGAAGAGCAACAACAUGAACCUUGAUCAAGCCAUGACUGCCCUCCUGGAGAAGAAGACAGACCUGGACAAGCGAGGCUUGGGCAUGUCUGAUUACAGCAACGGCAUGAACAAGACCCUGGUGUGUCGGCCCUCCGCGCUCUCCAAAGACCCGUCUGACCGCAACACAUUUCUUGACAAGGAUGGCGUCCUGUCCGAUGACGCUCCUCCAUCACCGUAUUUGCCUUCCCCCAGCCUGAAGCUCCCCCUGGCCAACAGUAGCCUUCCUGGGCAGGGAUUGGGACAGGCCAAUCUGGGGCUGGCCAUGCAAAACUUGAACAACAGACAGAUACCCAAUGGAAUGUUUGGCGGUAAUGGAGCAGCACAAACCCGGGCCAUGCAGCAGCAGCCUCCUCAGCCACCAGUGCCACCUCUCAGCUCCUCCCAGCCUAGUCUACGUGCUCAAGUGCCUCAGUUUCUCUCCCCUCAGGUCCAAGCACAACUCUUGCAGUUUGCAGCAAAAAACAUUGGUCUUAACCCUGCACUUUUAACCUCACCAAUAAACCCUCAACAAAUGACCCUGUUGUACCAACUUCAGCAACUGCAAAUGGCGUACCAGCGUUUACAAAUCCAGCAGCAGAUGAUGCAGGCGCAACGCAACGUUUCCGGCCCCAUUAGGCAACAGGAGCAGCAAGUUGCACGUACAAUCACCAACAUGCAGCAGCAGAUCCAGCAGCACCAGCGUCAGCUGUACCAGGCGCUGCUGAUGAAGCAGCAGCAGCAGCAGCUUCCUUCGCAUUCCUCCUCGUCCUCCUCCUCCGCUGGCCUGCACCCCCCUGGUGGCCCUGCCGGAGGUCCUGGCUCCGGGAAAUCAACCAUGGACCCUUUUGGGGGCCCGCACCAGUCUCCGGGCCUCGCUGACACCCUGCACACCAAAGAGCCUCUGUCUUCGCCCAAUGCCUACAGCACCUACCCUCUUUCUGGACUGAAUCCAAACAUGAAUGUAAAUGGCAUGGAUGUGGGGGGUCUGUCCCUGAAGGAGCCCCCCCAGCCCCAGUCACGCUUGUCCCAGUGGACACACACUAACUCCAUGGACAACCUCUCUGGCAACUCUUCAAAUCUGGAGAAUAACUAUAAUAAUAAGCACGGUGCCAUAUCUGCUGCCUCUACCCUCGGACCCCCUGGGAAGCCCCCCCAGCUGGAGGACUCGUACAGCCCCUACAAUCUAAUCUCUAACUCUGAGUCCCCCAGCAGUCCCCUGGUGCCUCCUGACAACUGGGGCCAAGGCAAGAGCCCCAAUGAGAAGAUCUCAAAUGGGGGCAACGUUAACUGGCCUCCAGAGUUUUGCCCAGGCGUGCCAUGGAAGGGCCUUCAGAACAUUGACCCUGAGAAUGACCCCAACAUGACCCCUGGCAGCGUCCCCAGCGGUCCCACCAUCAACACCAACAUCCACGAUGUCAACCGGUACCUGCUGCGGGACAGGAAUGGAGCCACUUCCCCAGCUUCUCCACUGGGAAAUGGUUCCCUGCCUCCCACCAGCGGUGAUUGGCCAAUCAGGGACUAUUCUAGCUCUUUCAGUCUGUUGUCCUGUGAUGGAGACAGCUCAGGUAAACUGACUGAAAUGAAGUCCACCUGGUCCCCGGGACCUAUUGCUCAGAACCAAGCCUCUCUGUCCCACGAGCUGUGGAAAGUUCCUCAGGGGCCGCGCAGUACCACCGCCCCGUCCCGGCCCCCGCCCGGUCUCACUAACCCCAAGCCCUCGUCCACCUGGGGCGGUAACUCUUUGGGCCUGAGUCAAGGCUGGAGCGGCGCCUACUCUUCUGAGGGAACCACAUGGAGCACCGACAGCUCCAACAGGACCAGCAGCUGGCUGGUGCUGAGGAACCUCACCCCGCAGAUUGAUGGCUCAACUCUGAGGACCCUGUGCAUGCAGCACGGCCCCCUGAUCACAUUCCAUCUCAACCUGACUCAGGGGAACGCUGUGGUGCGCUACAGCUCCAAGGACGAGGCCGCCAAGGCCCAGAAGUCCCUGCACAUGUGCGUGCUUGGAAACACCACCAUCCUGGCAGAGUUCGCCGGGGAGGAGGACGUCAACCGCUUCUUUGCACAAGGACAGUCGCUGGGAGCGAACACCACCAGCUGGCACGCCAACCCAGGAAGCAAUCAGAAUCGGAUGGGCGGGGCAACCCAGUCCCACACGAUUGGCCAGUGGAGCAGCGGCGGCGGGGGCGGGGGCAAGGCCAGCGGGAACGACCUGCUGUGGGGCGGAGUGCCGCAGUACUCCAGCCUGUGGGGGCCGCCCAACGGAGAGGACGCCCGCGUGAUCGGGAGCCCCACCCCUAUCAACACCCUGCUGCCUGGAGAUCUGCUGAGCGGGGAGUCCAUGUAAGGGGCGAUGCCACGGUCCACUACCCCCCAUCAGCACCACCAGCACCCUAUCGUGUCACCUGCUGGUGGGGGACCGGAAGCGAAAGCAAAGUCCAAAACGGAAGGAGAAGAGAGAAAAAAAAUGGCUGAAAUGAGCAAGAGCAAAACCCAAGCAAAUCAUGUGGCGAUAAUCAGUAUCAAGUGAAACUGUUUCAAACUGUGAAUUGUAAAUCAGAAAGCUGAGGGUCCCCGACACACACACUCACACUGCGGACCCCGGCGCCUCUGCUUUACCCCGGUCCCUUUGUUUCACUAAGCUUUUUUUUUGUUUUUUUCCUCUCCGUUUAGUAUUUCCCAGAAGGAAACUGGAUUUCACUUACAGCAUCUUAAAGGACAGAAAUUGGUCACACCAAAAAAAAAAAAACCUUGUAGGUGUUCAUUCUGGUUUUUCCCGAAAUAAACACGACGUUCUGCGUGAAGCGUUUUUAGAAGAAGCAAUCAAAGCUGCCAUCUGAGAGGUUGUUUUUUGUUUUUGUUUUGAUGAACAAACAAAUGAAAAUCCUCCCAAAGUAACACUGAAAGCAACCAUUCCCAGCAUAUCCAUGGCCAAUGAUGUUGUUCAAAGACCUCUACGUGUUUUGUUGAUGUUUGUUUCUCAGCACUAAUAUUAGCCUUAAGUGCUCUCUGGCCCAGGACCUUCCCCAGCCACCUGACGUAUUUUUAGUUUUUUUGUAAGUGAAGAAUUAGCUGAAAUCUUGCACAGGUCACCUCUGAGCCAACGAGGGGUCCAGGAGGCGGCGAAGCGCCCCCGGACCACCUGACUGGCACUACCAAUCAUCUGCUCAGACCCUCGAACUCGUCUCAAACGUAGGGUUUGCACAGCUGUGGACUUCUCCGUGGAAAACCCUGCAAUUUUUUUUUUUUUUGUCCUUUUUUAAUUGUCAUUGUCGUCAUUUAUCACAAAUAUAAGCUGCGAGAAGAUUAAAGAUGUUCCCCUAGCUGCGCGCGGGAUGUCCGGUUGGAUCUAAUCAUCACCUGAAGCCUGGACCCCACUCGCUUACUGGUGCUUUGCCGACUCCUCUGCUUGCCCUCUGUUGCUGAUCGGCUGAUUUUUUUUUUUUUUCUCAGAGGACAAACGGAAAACAAAACUCAGUUUUACUUUGAUGUGACAGUUACAUUGUGCAAUAUACACCAUCAACCUUUCUUCCGUCCAUACUCCAUUGGGGAGCUGGGUUUUUCUUUUUUUUUGGUUUUAUGAUUGUUGCUGAUUUCAGCAAAAGACUUUGGAACUUUAAAAAAGCUCCCCCCCUCCUUUUAAACAAAAACAAAACAAACUGAUUCCUUUCCAGGCAUCAAAUCCCUGUGAAGCUGUUGGGGAGGGGGAGAAAAAAAACUCUGAAGCAAAGAGGAAGGAGGAGGAGCUGAAGAAGUGUGCAUUGCUGCAAACUGUACUGGAAAAAAAGUGACUCUGGGUAGAACAAUGCACACUUCCUCUCUGCAUGCCACCACCUCACCCAACAGAGACCCAAACCGCAGCCGGAUUGGAUGGAUCUGGUUAUCUUGGCACAAUACCAAAUUAGAGGGGUUUGAGGGGGGAGGGGGAGGGGGGUGGGUUCUCCUAAUGCAGUAGACCUUUGAGUGUUCCUUGCGUUUGGUACUGUACAAACAGAAGAGACUUGAGACUUUUAUAAAUUCAAAGGGUUUGAGCAUAGCACUUAUCGAGAGCAAAUCGCUUCAACUGCAAUCCAAUAAAUCGAGAAGGAAAAAAAAAAAACAUCAGAGAGCAGCAGAAACAUUGCAAACCUCCUGCUCCUCUACGUACUGUAUCUAUUCCAUGGAAACACGUUGGCCGCUGUUCCCGUUCCUCCGCUAGCAGGACGAAGGGAACGGCUAACGAUUCUAAAGGCGAACAAAAGAGGAAAAAAAUGCUUCUUUGAGAGAGAAAAACAACUGUUUGAAAGUGAAUAUCACUGUUACUCCAAAAUCAUUAGCCUUGUUCUGAUCCGGAGGCAAGAGACUCCAGCUGUCAGUCGGGAAGGAGAGGAGUGCAUCUGGGAAGUGGGGGGGUGGGGGUGGGGGUGGGGACGCGUCCACUGAGUGCCUCUUUGCUGUGCAGAACCUCCUCUUGGGCUCCUCAAUGACUGGCCAAUCACGGCUCUCUCUGCCACACAUCUCCAACUGGGAGGAGGAAGGGGGGGGGUCGUCCUGCCGUCUCCUCCGUCUCCCGGUCCUUUACACAAAGAUCACUUUAGCUGGAAGAUGUAAGAGUCAUAUUUCUGGAAUUUUUGCCAGUGUACUUUGUAUUGUUUGGAGAAGAUCUUUGUUUUUGGUUGUUUUUUUGUUUUUUUUUUAAAUGUGUGCGUGUGUAUGAGUAGUCUACAUGCAGUGGUCUACAAGAUAACUUGGCUGCUGAACUAGCCCUUCACUGUUCAUAUGCAGAAACACUUUGGUCAGAGGUGCCUCUGUAUGUUCAUCCUGUGUAUUGAAUGCAAAACGAGGAUCAAUACUACAGACCGUUAAUGAUUGUGUUGAACUGCUCGUGCUUUUGUUUUUUUUGGGGGGAUUUUUUUUUUUUUUGACAGUAUUCGUUCGUACUUCCAGGUAGGAUAUCGAUGCGUAAAAGUUAAGGUCCUCUCAGAUGUCGGGAUGAGCGGGUCUGCCGCUCCGAGCUGCUCCUCUUCCUCGCUGCAGGCUUCUCACCCUCUGCCUGGCUGCUACCCUGUAACCUCCUCCUCCUCCACCACCUCAACCUGACCCAGUAGCCCUCCCCUACCAGAGACCAACUGACCCUCCUAUACAUUUCUAUGCAAAAGAAAGAAAAAAACACACACAUACACAAGCAAGGGGGGCUCUGUACAACACGCCAAACCCAACUUUGCCCCCGGCGAGCUCCUGUCAGCACUUGAAACGGGCCUCCGCCUCCGUUGAUCAAGGGUCGGCCUUUUCUCUCAGUGCUGAAGACUUUUGUCCAGCCUAAUCUCAGGGUAGGGGAGUCGAUGUUUGCAAGUAUGAGACGCAGCUCUCCAUAUCGGACCUCUCUGCGGCGAGAGCAAAAAUAAGGCUCAUGCCUCCAGUUCUGAUCCACGCUGAAGGUGGCCUAAUGCUAUUAGUGCACAUAGACGUUGCCAAUGUAUUGUGCCAAUAUGAAUUAGCUGUGUCAUACUGUAUCUCUUCUGUUACCUGUAUUGGAGGAGCUUUGAUGACCUUUGCAGAGGGUGCAGAAGGCAGGAGCAACAAAAGAGCAGCAGCAUCCCCUUCCCUUCAUCCACCGAGGCUUUGUUUUUAUCUGCAAGCUUUUUUUGGGGGGGGAAGUCCCCGUGCUAAGGAGAAACUCUUUACUCACUUUGGGGGUUCCAGUUUGCUACAGUGCACAGUUGAUGGGUAAUCCCGGGUACAUAUUUUUUUAGAAACCAAAAAUAAAAAUAAAAAAAAUUGCAUUUUAACGUCAUUUUUAUGAAGUUUGACAUAAAAAUCUUAAAAAAUGCUUAAAAAUUUUAAAUGGUUAAAAAAAAGAAGAAGAAAAUCUAUAUGUUAAAGCUCUGCACUUCUAGCUGAAACGUGUCCAGGUCGCCAGCCUCCACCACCGCCAUCCUGAAGGGGUGGACAUGGCGGCCGGGGUUGCGUUUUGUGGAUGCUGUAUUUAUCUUGUUUUUUUUUUUUUUGUGUGUGUGUGUGUGUUUUGGGUCCCGCUCAAAGCGUGGCCCUGCUGAACUGUACAUUUCCACACACCCAGAUGGGUUCAAGCCCUCUGUCUAAGCCUCGCUCUCUCUUUCCCUGCAGCUACAGGAAGAGAGGGGCACAUUUCAAGAGGUACAGUCUUUAAAAAAAUAACAAAAUAUAUAUAAAAAAAAAAGGCUUGAAAUUAAUUUUGAAAAAGGAAAUGGGGAAAGGCUACCUUUCAGGACUUGGGAGUCCUGCAGCACACAAGCAAAAAUCACUAUUGCCUGUUUCUGUAACUGCCUUGAUCCAAACUCAGACAGACCCAAUAGCCGAAGACCUCCCAGCAUUCUGUACUGACCGGACAGCCCUGACAGCGAAGGGGGUUUCCCAUGCUGCACCAGCAUCGAGAGGCUCUCCUCUCCACAGCUCUCUAGACACCAGAAGUAAUGUAUUCUCAGCACGCACACACUUAUGCAUACAGUGGCGGGUUUUGAACUGGGCAGUUGCCCAGGGCGGUAUUAGACAGGGGGUGCCCUGAGGACCACGUCAAAUGAAUAUCAAUCCGUUAGUUGUGGCCUGAAAGUGUUUUCUACUUCUUUCAUGGAUUUGCUGUUAAUAGGUAGUCAGCACCCCCAUAUGUUGAGUAGGCAUUUCCUGCUUGAUGGUGCGAAUAAGCUGACGUAUUGUGUGCAGGACUGCACUGUAUUUUGUUUUUUCCUGCCCCAGACUCUCAAAUAAGUUCUGCAUUGUAAUUGGUUGGGAAAGCAAAAGAAGGAAGGGGCUUGCCCAGGGUGAGAUCAUACAUGCAAGAACCGCCACUGUGCAUAUACACACACACAUAUAUACACAUAUACUGUGAGUACCGCAUGUGGUAUCACCUCUUCAGAUUUCUUGGACCGUAACCUCUGAGGCUUUUGUCGUGUCCCCCCCCCGCCCCCCCAAAGGUCCUGGUUUAUUACAGCCGAUAAAGAGCAAUAUGUAUUCCCCGCCAAUAAGCGAUAGAAAGGAAAUGAUUUGGGGUCGAGUGGAAACUGAUACUUGAUUGAUUGAAAGCGACGUCUUUCUUACACGGAGUUAGAUAUGCACGAUCUGGAUCCGAAGGCGUACCACUAGUACGCUGUGUAUGCGUGGGCUUUGUUUGUGAUUUGCCUUUUUGUUUAGUUUUUUUAACCCAACCUGAAGCACCUGCUAAGUUGCAUAUUUUACCCUGUUGUUAAAUCGCAGACAUAUCAAAACUACAAAAAAAAUAUUAUGUAACAAAAUACUUGAAUCAUGGAGCGCCAAUAACAUAAUGUGAAGUCAGUAAUGAUUGCUCUCUGUCCAACUGGCAGGUACAUAUGUGGGCUUUUUUUUUUUUUUUUAAUGUCAGAUACGUAUGGUAUAUUCCAGAUUUGGGGGGAAAGAAAAAGAGGUCAUCUCAGAUGUUUGUAUGAAUGUGUGCUCAAAGAAACUGUGUACUCGGCACAUGGCCUGCUGUUAUGUUCUACUCAGCGUGUAACGGUUUUUUGUUUUUUAGGGCUUUUUUAUGUCUAAUUCGUUCUGAUUAACUUCUAAUGUUGCACUGAGUGUCUUCUAACCCUUGCUCAGCUAAUCGUGGGUAAACGCGUCUAAGUGCAGAAGGGCGACGGUGACAAUUCAUGUGUACAUGUUUACUCAAUGACUUGUUUUUGCCCCUCCCCCGUUCUGUCUGUAAAAAAAAAUUAUCUGCCCUAUAGUGGCUUCUAUUGUGGGAUAUCCCAUUUUAGGAUUAUCAUGGAGUAUUGCACCACUUUGUUUCAGUUACGUAAAAAUGUAGCAAAAAAACACAAAAAAGAAAGUCUAAAAAAAAAAAUUAAAACUUCAAAAAAACGGAUAAAAAAAAAGAAACAAGCUAACUGUGGCCAUAGAUAGCUGUAGAAGGACUAGUAAUCCAGAAGUGAACUUGUCAGAGAAAUGUAAAGGGAUAAAGCAUGGGAGGCGAGUUUAUGACCCAUUUCAGAGGUGCCUAUCUUUUCUGUCUCGGUUUUUGCAAAAGCCACCUGUCGUUUACAAGCAUUUUCAUUUGUCUGAGGCUCACGAAAACAGGACUCUACAACACGAAUGUUCUUGAGAAGGACAAAACCCAUCUUCCAUCGAAUACGGACGUGAAAAUCUUGCGAAGAUUUGACUCUGCUUCAGAACUCUGGGAUCGAUCAGUGUUUGUGUCGUAUUUGAAAGGAAAGUCGUUUCAUUUUUUUUCUUUUCGAUGACUAUCUCUGUGCGUGUAUUGAGUUGUGAUUUGAUGUUUCCUGUAAUACUGGCGACGCAGUUCGCUCACUUUCUUGCACACUCGUUAUAAAAAAAAUAAAAUUUAAAAAAUGUGGAUUUUUUUUUUUUUUUUGUCUCAGGAAGGCCAGGGUUCCAGAUUCCAACCUCAUCAGUUCUGUGUUUUUUAACGGUGGAAAACUACAGAAACUGACACCUAUUCUACACCAAGCAAUCACUGAAGUUUUAGUAGUUCACGGAAUAGAAAGAGGAACCUUGUUUCAUUAACACGACAAAAAGAAAAAGUUAGUAGAAGUUACAUGUUUACCAAAUAAGACUGAGAAUCAAAUUUCUGGGCGAAACGCGGAGCGCUUUACAUGUGAAAUCCUAGUAGAAAUUGCUUUACAUUGAAAAGAUGAUCAGUUUGUUCAAAUGACAAGUGAUUUUUUUUAUCUUUAAUGUCCUCUUAAUUUUCCAUCCAGUUGGGGAGCAUUGUGCAAGCCAUUGUAUUGUAUUUUUUUUCUUUCCAUCAUCUCUCCUGUCUGAUGUAGACCAUGUAUGUUCCUGUGACUGAGAUGAUAUUUCCUCCCAUGCAACGGGUGGUUUAGAAGUGGAGGGAUGAGGCUGGGUGUAGAAGGAUUCUGAUCUAUGCACAAGUGGGAGGGACUAGUCCAAACACCUGCAGAUGUACUGCAGGUGGCGGUCAACCAAGACUCUGGGCUUUGGGGUUUGAUGUUUUGGGACGUUUUGUUUUUCGUGUUUUUUUCCCGUCGUUCAUCUCUCUCCCUCCCAAAGCCUCGUCUUUAUCUAAUGUUUAAGCAAAACUUUACAUUGCGUCAUCAUGCUGUGUAAUCCUUAACCAAUGAGCGCUUAUCUUUCUGCUGAAGCACUGUGGGUUGGACUGAAAAAAGCCCAUCAUUUUUAAGGCUGUCUUAUAUAUUUUUUUUUUUUUUUUAGGGGGAGGAGGGAGGGUCAGAGAAGGGUGGGUUUGGGUAUACUUUGCCUUUGCCUUUCUCUUCACUUUGGGAAAAAAACAUUAAGGAAAAAUGUCUGUACAUGAAAUGCAAAGUUGUGGCUUUUAAUGUUUUUUUUUUUCUCCUCAUAGAAUGUGAUUGUUAAAAACAUGCAUUGGAAAAAAAACAAUGUUUCCAUGAGUUAUGGAGCUUCUUUCAGACUAUAUUAAUAAAAUACACAUUUUCUCGUCUGUUA